AUGAUUGCUGGAACUGAAUUGGCAGCUCUUGAUCACAACCAUAAUGCUAAUAGGAAACAGGCUACAGGUCAGGGAGAAGAAGAAGAAGUCAUUUUCCGGUACAGAAUUGGAUGGAGUAAGGUUUUCAAGAAAUACACAGCCAAACCAGUACUUCAAAACAAAGAUUACAGCUAUCUUAAAGAUAUAACUGCAAAGGUAUUAGUCCGAGUGGACAAAGGUGAAUGUGGCCUUGAAAACACUGUUGUACCUCCACAAACCUUGGCACCAGCUGAAAAGCCUUCAAGAGAGGAAGUCAUCGAGAAGAGGAAGCUAUUUGCAAGAUUCAAAUAA